AUUCCGGCAUUGCAUUUGGAGGCGGUCGGGAAAGCACUUUUACUCAUGUUCCCGGGCCGCCAAUGGAGACUCCGAUGAGGUUCAUUAUUCACAUUUCGGGGCUCUUUGGUGCUCUCGUCGUCGAACAUGGAGACAGCUGGUAAAGUGAUCAAAUGCAAGGCGGCCGUGGCCUGGGAAGCAGGGAAGCCACUGUCCAUCGAGGAGGUGGAGGUGGCCCCACCCAAGGCCCAUGAAGUCCGUAUCAAGCUUUUUGCCACCGGCGUGUGCCACACGGAUGCCUAUACCUUGAGUGGGGCUGACCCAGAAGGUCUCUUCCCGGUCAUCCUGGGCCAUGAAGGUGCAGGGACUGUUGAGAGUGUUGGAGAGGGUGUCACCAAGUUCAAACCAGGGGAUACGGUUAUACCACUAUAUGUGCCACAGUGUGGGGAAUGCAAGUUCUGUAAAAACCCCAAGACCAACCUUUGUCAGAAGAUCAGGGUAACACAGGGUCAGGGUCUGAUGCCAGACAAGACAUCCAGGUUCACCUGCAAGGGCAAGCAAAUCUUUCAUUUCAUGGGUACUAGCACCUUCUCUGAGUACACGGUUGUGGCUGACAUCUCUCUGGCCAAGGUGAAUGAAAAAGCUCCCCUGGAUAAAGUGUGUUUGCUUGGUUGCGGCGUGUCUACGGGCUAUGGUGCAGCGCUCAACACUGCCAAGGUUGAACCAGGCUCCACAUGUGCGGUGUUCGGCUUGGGGGCUGUUGGUCUUGCUGUCAUCAUGGGCUGCAAGGCCGCUGGAGCUGCCAGGAUCAUUGGCAUCGACAUCAACAAGGACAAGUUUGAGAUAGCAAAGGAGUUUGGUGCUACAGACUUCGUGAACCCCAAGGACCACAGCAAACCUAUUCAGGAGGUAUUGGUGGAGAUGACUGAUGGAGGAGUGGAUUACUCCUUUGAGUGCAUUGGCAAUGUGCAGAUCAUGAGAGCUGCUCUGGAAGCUUGUCACAAGGGCUGGGGGACCAGCGUUAUCAUUGGCGUGGCUGGGGCAGGCCAGGAGAUAUCCACCCGGCCCUUUCAGCUGGUCACGGGUCGUACCUGGAAGGGCACGGCUUUUGGUGGGUGGAAGAGUGUUGACAGUGUACCCAAGCUUGUGGAAGACUACAUGGCCAAGAAGAUGAAAGUGGAUGAGUUUGUGACCCACACUUUAGCCUUUGAUCAGAUCAACGAAAGCUUUGACCUUAUGCAUGCUGGUGAAAGUCUUCGAACAGUGCUCAAGUUCUGAAGUGCCUUCCAGUAAGCGGCCUUUUGCUGGGUGGGAACCUUAUUCAACAACCUUAGAAGUUCACCGUCCAAGAACCCCCUAAGCCAGUGUUAUCUUACUUUAACGACUGGUACGUGUAUGUACACUGAGCAGUUUACCUAGAAUACAUUAAACUCACAUUUCACUUUUCAAUGCAACUGGACAAAUGUUGUAAUUGUUAACUUUGGUUAUAUUUGACUUACAUGUAAGUUUGGCCUUCAACACAUGCUUCUUAAAAUUUCAUAGGGAAAGGUGUUUGGGGAUUAUUGUACUGAAAUUUAAUGGGCUUAAAUCAGUAUCUUUAGCUGACAUGCAAUCUGGGAGCCAGCAGGGAUAAUAAACAGCAUGCUGUGAUUGUGCAACAAA